GGGCUUUGGGGUGGAGCACCACCCACCUCCACCACCAUACUCUGCACAUCAACUGUUAGCCACGUCUUUAGCCACGGCAAACCUUGACCAACUGGACGUGCUUCUCACAUGCAAGCAGUGUGAUCAGAACUUCACUAACCUGGCCUCAUUCCUUGGCCAUAAGCAAUACUGUGGACAGCAUGUGUUUUCACAGAAAGUGGACGACACCAGAACAACUCCAGGAAGUUCAACACAGUUUCACAAUGACAUGACAAAAGAUUCAUCCUCUGGGACCAGUUUAUGUCAACGUAUCUCCAUGCCAAGGUGUCCAUCUGACCUUCACCUGUCUCUGCUGGGGCUCAAUAAGAACGGAGAGCUGAUGUCUGACAGCGAAACAAAAGGAGAUUCUAAGGAUGACCCCAUGAAACUUAACCUGUUCUCUGGGGCAGGUAACCUUCCUGUCUCUCUUCCUGACUUGGAGAUGGAGGAUGCAAAGUUAGAUAGCCUAAUCACUGAGGCUCUAAAUGGACUGGGGUAUCAGUCAGACAAUGCAGAGAUUGACAGUAGCUUCAUUGAUGCAUUCGCAGAUGAUGACCUCGCCACUGUCAAAGUAUCGUCAAACAGGCAGACUCUGAAAACCAAAGACUCAAUGGUCUUUGAGGGCAAAAGCAAACAAUCAACUGAAGAUGAUAGGUCUCUGACACAAGGAAAAUAUCUUUAUGACUCAGACAUAGCGAGCCUUCAGACAGACAACAACCACACAGAAAGCAAACUUGAGAAGACCCCUCUGAAUUUUGAGCAUGAUGAGAAAAUGAACAUAAAAAAAGAAGUAUCUCAUAAAAACUCAAGGAUCGCCUCGGGGGAGAAACCGAGGGAGCAAGAAAAUAAAGUGAAAGAUAUAAGAAAGCUGUGCAAGAGUGAAAAGGAAAACACUAACACUCCAAGGUUCCUCUUAUCCAGCACAUUUUCAGAACGUUGUGGAGUUCGAAGCCUCCGGGAUAGCUCUUUGUUGAGUGGCUCAACCUCUUCCCAAGUCUCUUCUGCAAACAGGAGUUGCCCAACCCCAAGGAUUGCAGCAAGGGAGAAUAAAAGGAAAAGGACCGGUGCCGGUACCUGGAGCAAAGAACUCAUCCACAAAAUAGUUCAACAGAAGAACAAGUUACACAAGCUUCAUGUAAAAGGCACCAAAAACCUCCAGUUCUCACUGGUGAUGGAGAGAUUGACGCCCACAGUGCCAAAUCCUACAUUUGGGGAGUACGACUAUGUCUCAGACUCAGAUGACGAGUGUGAGCCUGUGAAGAUAGCAAGCCAAGGUCGCCUGAGCCAAAGCAGCCGCUGCAAGUACACCUACACAAAGGAGUGCAAAUGGAGGGCUAGGAGCGACAGGAACAGUGCAGCAUGGAGGCAUGAGUCAAAAGAGUGCUUUGAGGUAAAGAAAGCUGAAGACGUCUCUCUGUCUCUAGAGAAAUCUGGCUCUCACCAGAUACUUCGGAGGAGAGGCAGCAGGUCAUCCACUAGCAGUGAAGUCAGCACGUCUGUGAGUAUCUCCAGCGAUGGCAUCAACAGCCCCAAAAGCACUGACCGCACAGACUCAGACUGUGAGAAAAUAAUGGAGAUCAGGAGGAAAGACUCUUCCGAGCAGAGAACCUACGAGCGAUCUCCACAAAAGAUAUACAAAGAUUCUAGCACACAACUAGCACUGACAUUCACCAAAUCUACUCAGAGGUAUAGCGCUGAUAAGACUUUCCUCUCUACUAACAAAGACAAUUCAAUGGCCUCAAGUAUCACUAACUCGAACAUUGAAGAUGUUGAUCCAGUAUCAGCACUACUAAAGGUGGGGAGUGCAGUCAAAAAUCUUGAGAAAUGCAAACGCACAGAUGUGUCCUCAAGGGAGAAGGAUGACUCAUUUAGCAGAGAAACAGAAAUGAUAGCAAGUUCAGACAAAAACACACCACUGAGGACAGCCGUCAAGAUCUCCAAAGGGGAAUCAAUACAUUUUCAAUCUAUUUGUUCUGAUCUCAAAUCACAUCAGCUUCAAUCAUCACAUCCUGCCACAAACAACAUGGAAGCAAAUUCUUAUAAUAAAUUCAAAAAAGAUGAAACCAUCUCAAAGGAAAAAUCAGUACACAAAAGACGAAAAAGCGUGGGAUGUCAAUCUACACAGCCGCAUUCAAAGCUAUCAGACAAUUCUACAUUUUACAAACAUAAUGAGAGUGUCCAUCCAAUGAAAGAGCCAAUGACUUUCACUAAUGACUUAGUCCCCAAGUCCACACCUCUUUGCAGUGCACACAUGGACGAAGUGUGCCUGUCUCCAACUGAACUUCAGGAGCCUCUGACACAGAAAGAGACAUCAGAUCUAAUCCCAUACCCCCUAGAGCAGGACCAGAGUCUUAUGAAGUCUCCUCUCUCAUUUGACACAUCGUCAAUGUUCGGGGACCUCUCAGUGGCAGGAUUUGACAAUGGCCUCUACACUGACGUUCCAUUGCACAAAGAAGGUUUCAGCUCCUUAGAUACCAUCAAUGACAAAAAGGAGGUGUUUAGCUCAUCAUCCUUUCUUUCUCCUUUCUUGGAACAGAGGGACUGGGGCCUUAUGGUCGAUGUCAGCCCCAUGUUACCAGAUGAGAUAUCCCAAUACAAAGACGGCUCUGAUAAAUUAAAUGAAAAGAAAUCAGAUUACAAUCAUGUUCCUUUGUCUCUGCCAGACAAAAUAAUGGACUACAGUACAAAUCUCAACAGCUGCGUGUCAGAAGAUGAGCUAGAGAUAAAGAGGAUUGUGACUGAGUUGGAAAAUCAGCUCCAGACAGCCAAGCUAAGUCCACCACUGCUUACUGAGGAGUCCCCAAAGCAGCUGAAGAUGAGUAAAUUCUCCCCUCUGCCACUGGACGACGAAUCUGAGAAUGAAGACACUGGUCUAGAUAUGGGCUGCCCUGUGCAAAGCAUGGCGUUGGCAGUGUCAAUUAUGCCAUCUGACCCACAUUCAGAGUCCUUUGCUGAGCAUAGUUUACCAUGGUCCAGUCCAUUUGAGUUUGAGUUGAUGGAGGGACAGCAUACUCUAACCCAUGAUGAACCCAGUGUCCUUGAACAAUUUAGCAAAAAGGAUGAUCGCGAACACAGUAUGAUAACCACAACCUCAAAUACAGAGAAAGUGAAAGAGCAACUGAAACAGGAGGACCACAGAGAUGGAGACAUGGAUGUUGACAAGAGAACUGACAUAGAGAAAUCUGAGGAGAUUCUAGAGAGUAAGACCUAUGCAGAAAACCUGAUGAAAAGCCUGGAAGUGAUAUCAGAUUCCAUUUUCAAAAAUGAUUCCAUCACACCUGAAGAGCAGGAGCCAAACCUCACUUCCCGUAAGAGCCUAGAACACUUACAUAGUGAAAGCCAAACUCCAUCUGCUGAUACUGCUGAAAGCAGAGAUCAUAAUGAAAAGGAGGUGAUUCCUGAUGAGGCAAAUAUUAAAUCCACACACGUUAAGUCACGGCCUCCUCUCUCAGAAAAAACAGAGCUCCCAUCUGAUGUAAAAGAGAUUGUUUCACUGCAGCCAAGUGAGUCUAUACCUAACAACGACAGUGGGUCAGAAGUCAAAGACAUCCCAAUCAUGAGCAAUGUCACUGAAGACAGUAGUGUUAUAGAAACUGAUUACUGCUCAAACACUGAAAUGGAUAAUCAACCAAUGAUUGAGGAGACCUGUGAGAACCAGAAGCUAGAGGACCAUGGGGAUGAAAUCCUUGAAGCCAAAAGUGCCCUCCCUGAGCACCCAGAGCUUCUAGAUACUUCCAUUGAUGAGCAUACAGAGCUUGUAGAUACUAUAAGUGAUAAGCAUACAGAGCUUCUAGAUACAACCAUUAAUGAGCAUCCAGGGCUUCUAAAUACUUCCAUUGAUGAGCACACAGAGCUUCUAGAUACUACCAUUGAUGAGAAUACAGAGCUUCUAGAUACUUCCAUUGAUGAGCAUACAGAGCUUCUAGAUACUACCAUUGAUGAGCACACAGAGCUUCUAGAUACUACCAGUGUUGAGCAUACAGAGCUUCUACAUACAACCAUUGAUGAGAAUACAGAGCUUCUAGAUACUUCCAUUGAUGAGCAUACAGAGCUUCUAGAUACUACCAUUGAUGAGCACACAGAGCUUCUAGAUACUACCAUUGUUGAGCAUACAGAGCUUCUAGAUACUACCAUUGAUGAGCAUCAGGAGCCAGUAGAGCCAGUGGAGGACAUCAGUCUCAAUGCGAAGUCUGUGAUCCAGCCCUCCAAUGGGUCUAACCUAGCACAGCAGGAACUGGAUGCAAACUUGGAUAAUAAGCCUGAAGAGGUAGAAAAUGCAUCUGAGGAACAAUCCAUAGAUGUCCAAAGUAACUGUGAGAGUGUAUGUCCUUCACCAUCUGCAAAUGAACAGACGGAGGACAGUUCAGCAUGUGUAACGAAGGAAGACAACAUUGAAUCCAAAAGUACAAUACAGAAUGAGGUGAUAAGCCAUACAGUUCCUCUGAGGUGUAGCAUCCCUGUGAAUGAUAUUGCCAAUCAAUCACCCCAUGUCUUCAUGGAGACUGUCGCAGUUAAGCCUUGCAGUCCACUGUUGACGGAAACCAAUACAGAGCAUGCUAGCCACACAUCACCCUUUUCCAACAUUGACUCAGAUGAUGAAAGCACAUUGGUCAUUGCUGAGUGUGACAGUGACAGUGAUGCACAAAUGGAACAUACACAUGAGGACAAAGAAACAGAAAUGGAACCUGAAUGUGAGGCUAACCACAGACAAGGAGAAGAGAUUUCAGAUGUUGAAGACAUCCAGGAACAAGUUCCCUUACAUCUCAUGGCAUCUCCCCAGCACUCACCAUGCAAAGAAGAUUUGCAGAUGGACGAAAGGCUGGAUAUUAUUCCAGAGGAUGCUCCUCCGUACAGUCCUAUUCUAUCAGCUUCUCCACACACACCUGUGGAGAACCCUGACACACAAGAACAAGAACAAUCACAGCCAAUCACAUGCAAUAAUAUAGAUACUAUCCCAGCCUCAAUCCAAUCUCCCAAUGAGGAAUAUUGUGAUGACCUAAAUGCCAAAGAAGCACUGCAUAUUGAUGACUCAUUGACCAUAACAGCUGAGAUGGAGUACUCUUUAGUAAGUCCUCCUCAACUGGACUUGGGAAUCACAGAGAGCAAAAUAUGUAGCACUGAAGCCUGCAUUCCCUCUCCUCUACCGUUGACCAUUGCAACAGAGCAAUCUGAGGCAAUGGGGGCCCUUACGAAGAGAGUCUCUGUAUCACUGUAUGAUUUCAAAUUAAGCCCACUGAACUACAAUUACAUUCCAGAUGAGCCUCCACAACUGAGUCAGUUUGAUUACACUCCUAUCUCCCCAGCCAACGUGGAUGAGGAGGAGCCAGCCAUCAAGCAGAGCCACAAGAAUGACUGUGAACCUUGUGAGUGCAGUGAUGACACGACAUUGACAUCAGACAAAACACUGUGUGGCAUAGACACAGAGUUACCUAUGAGUCCAGACCAUACAGCCAACCUAAGUCCACCAGAUGAAUCUUUGAACAAGAGCAGCAUCCAAAAUGACAUAAAAUGUCCAUCCAUUUUACUGGGUCUCCCUUCUCAGAGCACUGCUCCGUCCACUGGCAAUAUAAAGGAGGAUUUGGACAUUUGCCCGGCUCCCCUUCAAACUAUUGAUUAUUUGGACUUACAUGUUGACUUGCUAAAGGGAGUGGAUCCAGAGGCGCUGCCAGAGGCCAUGGAUAUUCAUAAGGUCCCUAGUGAGCUGAACGCCCUUGCUUUUAUAAAGGACAUAUCAGAUGAUCAGCACACUCCCAAACCACUGAUCAUCUGUGAGAAUAAGCCAACCCCAUUACCAUCAGACCAAACAGAAUCACUAACAGUGGAGGAAGGUCAGUGCUCAGCAACCCUCCAGCAAGAGGAAGAAACCAUGCAGAAAAAUAUACAUCUGUGUGAGAUAUGCUCAAUGUGUUUCCAGACAGUGCCAGGAUUAAGGAGACACAAGGCCAUGAAACAUUUGGUAAGGACUGAAAGAAGCCCACUUUUGGAAAAUGCAAGUAAUCAAGGGAGUCUACACAGUUACCAAAUAUCCCAGUCUAUAGAAACAGGAAAUAAAAAUGAUCUAGAGCUCCUGGUUCCACAGACCUGUUUGCAAACAGAAAGCAAUGAGGUUUCUGAGAAUCACUGUCCUGAGACAAGUAAUAGCUCCUUCAUAACCAAACACGGAGAAACCGAUUUAAUCCUGGAGAACACCACAAGUGAAACAAAUAUGGCAGUGCCAGCUGAUGACAUAGUCCAGCAAAUGCCUCCUCAGUUGACAAAAGCCAAGAAAAGCUACAAACCACGGAAGAACAAAAACAAUGAAGUGAACGUGAAGCCUGCCCCAUUCUCUGACGAGCUUCUCAAUAUAUUGAAAACAGACAUAUUACAGGCUAUUACUCCUGAAAUCCAAACCCGGGUAAAGCAAGGAUGCUGCAAGUCACCUGAGAAACAAGACAUAAUCAAUUAUCUUGUAAACCACAAAGUUACAGAGCAGGAGGAAGUCCAAUGUACUGUAACAAGUAACAGUGGCAUUGAACAGAUGCCAAUGUCUCCAAUAGAGGUUACAAGUCUAGCUAUGGACUUGACUCAAAGCAACAAUGAUACAGAAGAGGUGAAAAGCACAAAUCUGCCAGAGAUUGUCAAUGGAGAAGCAGAAGUUAGUAUGGAAGUAUCUGUAAGUAAGGAUAUUAGUAGGGAUUAUGAUAUGUCUAGAGAGAAUUUGUAUGACACAAAAGAGGCAUGUGAGCAACAAACUAAAGAUCAGAGUCUUGCCAAAGAGAUACUGGGAGAGGUUGCAGUAAAGAUUGAGAAAAACAGUGGCCCGACAGAUGAGGUGGAUAAUCUCUCCUGUUUUAAAUCUUCUCUUGCAAGCCCUCCUGGACUAAGCACUGAUUUGAAUGUUUUUCUUGAUGAUGAAAGCACAUUCUCCCAGCUAUUCCCCACUAGAAACGAGGAACUGAAAAGGAAAAAAUGUGCUAAGGUUUAUGGUAAGAAGAACAAGAAGCAGAAACUAUCACCCGAUUCACCAUUAGUUCAAGACUAUCCUCCUCCUGACCUAUAUCUCGAAAAGAAAGAUGACUAUACAGAAAAUCAGAUAGACCAAACAUUUGUCAACAAUCAAAAUGACCCUUGUGAAUAUGAAACAAUAUCCAUUGAUGAUGCUAUCAUGUUGAACAUGUGUCAUAAUAGCACGUUAAAGAGUGAUUCCAAAAAAGUAUGUAACAUGAAAGGAGAUACAACAGACCACAAAGACAUUCAUGAGCAUACUGUGGAGCAUGGCAGUGACUUCCUAUGCCAACCCGAGAGCACUAUCGACAAAGCAUCAUUGGAAUGGAGUGCCUCCAACGACUCUGUUACAGAUACUGUGAUCUCCUCUGACCCAACUUCCUGUAAAGCAGAAGUCCCAACCCCACCAUGUCCACUUCCUAUUAUAGCCUCUUCUGCACCUUAUCCUGGAGAGCCAUGUGCUACAGACAAUGUGUCUCCUUUCCACAACAUUGACAUCCCAAACCUCAAUACCACAUUCCAGCUACCCGAAAUUCAAUUAUUUGACUCCAACAAGGACAUCCCAUUAGAAAGACCCAUUGGCACUGAUUAUGCAGAGACCAGAGACACUGCAAAGGCCAAGAAGCUCACAGAACGCAGGAAACGACAAGAGGACAGCGUAAAGAUCAAGGACAAACAGUACAAGUGCAAGGUAUGCUUCACCUGGUUCCUCACCCUGGGGGAGCUCAACUUCCACAAGUUAUCCCACAACCCCUCUCCACCUCCCACCUGCUACAUGUGUGUCCAGCGCAAGUUCAGUUCUCGGGAGCAGCUGAGGGACCACCUGAGAGAGAAACACGCCAAGAACAAGGCCGGCAUCUGGACCUGCGGCAUGUGCCUGAAGGAGAUAUCGGACGUGUGGAUGUACAAUGAGCACUUACGGGAGCAUGCCACGCAGUUUGCCCGCAAGGGCCAGUCACACAGCGCUAUCCUGGGGAGUCUGCCAGGCUCUGGCAUGCAGGAGUCAGCCGUGAAGAACUUCAUCACCUCCAUCAUGCAACACCGCCCCAGCAAGGCCAGCAGAGAGUCCAGUAAGGUCUCCAACAAGGAUAAACUAGCCGUGGUAGAAAACACUGGGCAGGAGGUGAGAACUACAGAGGUAGCUCAGCCCAAAGUUGUCAAGCCUAAAGAGAACAGUGAAAAAGUGGGGAAACCAAGCACGCUGACACCUGUUGAGGUUCUGCACAAAACAGAGCCAGUGCCAAAGAAUGUGGAGAUGCACCCCAACUGUAAAGACCCCUCAAGAGACUGCCACCACUGUGGCAAGCAGUUCCCCAAACCCUUCAAGCUUCAGAGGCAUCUGGUUGUGCACAACUUAAAUAAGAUUUUUCUGUGCCACAAAUGCCCAGUGACCUACCAGGAGCCACAGGAUCUAAAAUAUCAUCUGAAGAGUGAGCAUGAGGAGGUGGAUGAGCUUGACUCAAAGCAUACCACCCUAUACACCUGUGAGCUGUGUGCAGACGUCAUGCAUGUGAUCAAGAAAUCUUUCAUCUGCAGCACCUGUAACUAUACCUUCUCUAAGAAAGAGCAGUUUGACCGACACAUGGAAAAGCACUUGUCAGGUGGGAAUAAGAUCUUCAAGUUUAGAGGAGUUCUCAGACCUAUCAAGACAUCUGCCUCCAAAGAGAACGAUGAGUGUGAAUUGCCAGCUAACAAAAAGAGAAAGAUUCUUAGUGACAGUCUACAAGAGAACAGCUCUGACAGUGGCAUCGCCAGCAUAGCCUCAAUGCACUUAAAUCAGAGUGCUGAGAUGCCAGUUCUGAAACUCUCUGUACACACAACAGAGGACUCUACACAGACCAGUGCAUGUGAAUAUCACACUGAAAAUGAUGCCCAUGUGAAGACUGAGGACAUGGCUGAGGACUACUCUGACAUGCUGGUAGAGCUGGAGCAUUGUACGUUUCACCUGGGCUCUGAAAGUCUCUCGACUGCUACACCCAAAACAGAGGACAUUGAUCCCAGUCCUUCACCUAAACUGCCUGUUAGAGACAUUGGUGAGGCCGAUGGCAAAUCAUUCACAGAGCCAUGUGAUGUGAAGGAAGAGGAUGAUCCCCUUGAGAGCAGUACAGCUGAAGAGGAAAGGGAGUGCUUUGCCAAUGCUAAGCAGAGCACUCCUGAGAGCAGCACACAGACUACCACAGCAGAAGCUGAAAAGAAGAAGAUACAGAGGAGAGAUUCCACGGCAUCGGAUGAGGAGUUGUAUGUUAGUUUCCGUGAAAACCUGAUCAACAGCUCAAAGAGACCCGAUUCACAUGAUCUCCACCGUCCUCCUACAAAGCAUAAAUCAUCUACCAUUGUGAUGGACCAAAUGAGGGAGGGUGAGCAGGGGCAACAGUCAACCAGCCCUCACAGCCAUGACAACAAGCAGAAGGACAAAGCCUCCACACCCAAGCCCAGUGAAAACACUAAACACAGCUCCAACAACAGCCCCAGGGCCAUAGAGUCAACACCAGUCCACCACACCAAGAUCACUUCCCAGGGCCCGGCCUCCAACGAGGACAAAGACUCUGUGAGAAGAGAACAGAAGAAGAGGAAAGAGAUGAGGACACCUCACAGUUUACAGAGGGUCUCCUCGUCUGCCACACGGGAGAACCUUGGUGCCGACGUCAAGGCCAAAAAUAAGUUCCGUCCCAGCAAGUGCGAGAGUCCGGCAGUUCACAGGAAAUCGGACGGCCCCAGCGAAUACCCGGUGCUCUCUUCAGUGAAAGAAGAUGUGGUCAGCAUCAAAAUAGUCCCCAAGCACAAAACAUCAGGGAGUCUAGGCCUUCAAGCAAAGAGAAGCUCCCUCGAUAACUGCACGCCAAGGAAAGCAGAGAUGGUGCAUCAUAUUAAUGGGGAUUACAAAGCCAAAAAGGGGCCUCUUGGACGGCCUCUUCAUUACCCAGUUUCUAAAGCAUCAGCGCCUCCUAUGAACAAUUCCUUGAAUAAGUCUAGGCCAAAGACAGGGGUGAGGUCCAUGGAGAGCCACUCCUAUAGGACAGCAGAGUCACAGAACAACCUCCUGAGCCAGCUGUUUGGCCAGAAGCUCACCAGUUUUAAGAUUCCUUUGAGGAAGGACACUUCAGAACCAAUAAACUGAUUGUGGGAGGAAUCUGUGGGAAAGAAAACAAAGAGACUGAAAAGUUGUUCACGUUACUGAUGAUCAAGACAAUUCAUGACCAUGAAUGAGAUUGCAUGGCUCUCUGUGAAAUGUUUGUCUAAAUACUUAUGUUGUCACUUUAUGUCUUCUUCUCUUGUAAAUGUGUUGUUAUUACACAAAUGUGCGGAAGAUUAUUUUAUUCAUCUUGAAUUAAAAUGCUAGUAGGGAAAAUCAUUGACUAAUUCCUGCUAUUCUUAGGUUGAACAUAAUCUUUUUCAGAGACUAUAUUUCAUUAGAAAAAUACAAAAAGAAUACUUGAAAAUAAAACUGAUUUUUUUUUUUACAAAUAAUGCAUGACAAUCAAAAAGUGUUCAUAGAGGAUAUUGUUUUUUUAAUGCAAUAGGACCAAAUGACAUCCCAACGGACUUGGACUAUGUCAGUGCACCUUUUGUAUAUGCUUCUCCAAAAUUACUCUUUUUGUAUUAUUUUUACCUUACUGUACUUCAUUGACAUUCAUUAUAUUAGCUUUUGUAUAAACAUUAACUGGUGCUAUGUUAUUCUUUAUUGUAAUGUGAACGCCAAUGUCCUCUAACUGAAGGGAACAUGAGAUCUGUAGCAGUUGCAUUCAUCCAACCGUUUGUGCUGGUUCUCUGUAGUUUAUUUUUUUUUAAAUGUAAAAAGACUGUGUAAAACCUCCUCCAACAAAGUAUUCAUCUGUAGGUCCUUAGGAAAGAAAAUUAGGAAAGCUUGCAUCUGUACAAACUCAGGUGCAUCCAAGGACUAUUCCCAGUCCUGAGACCUGUUUUAGGAGAUCCUCCCAUGCACUGAUACUACCACACACAAAACACACACUCAGUCCUCCAUGUCUGUCCUCCAACUGUUUAAUUAUGAAUAUUAUUUACUAAGACAAAAAAGGUGCUUUAUCUUGUUUAUAUGUAUCUUAUAGUGUAUUAUAUUAUAGGUAGAUUAUUUCCUGGUGCAAUGCUCAAUGUCAAAGUUUUAUUUUAAUAAUGUGCAACAGAAUCAGAGAGAGAGAGAGAGAGAGAGAGAGAGAGAGAGAGAGAGAGA